AUGAAGGAGUAUGUGCCACUUAGAAAACCAGGAAGGCCAAGGAGGGGUGGAAAUGGUAUAAAAAACAAGGAUGGAGAUGGAACUUCAAAACAAAAGGCAGUUAAGCUUACAGUGAAAAGAAAGAAGAAUACAAAGAAGGCUGGAGAAGGAUCCUCAAACCAAGAAGGCCAAGGAGGGGUUGAAACUGCAAAUGAUGCAACUAUACAGGAAGAAAAUGCAACUGUACAUGAAACUGCUCAAGAAGAAAAUGCAACUGGAGAAGAAACUGUACAGGAAACUAUGCAAGAAGAAAAUGGAACUAAAUGUGGUUAUGAACCUCAUAAGAUUGCACAGGCUAUAGAAAGGGGUUUAGAUGCUAAUAAGAUUGAAGAUCACUUGGAAGCAGACUUAGAAGAGGAUGUUAAUGAGAUUGAAGAUAACUUGCUUGAAGAAAACUUGGAAAUGGGUGUAGAUGCUAAUGAGAUUGUGCCACCAGUGCAAGGGGAAGUUGCUAUACAAGGUUUAGAUGCUAAUGCUUGGGUUGGUGAAGAUGAUCAGGAAAUUGAUGGGAAUAUUGACUUCAUUGAAGAUACACAAGUUGUUGGGAGGCCUAGGAAAAGGAAGAUUUUUGAGAGAAUUGUGAAGAUCAAGCUGAAGAAAGCAGUUUAUGAUAAGGAUGGAAUGGGUUUUAGUAUUAAGAAACUAGUUAAUUUGGAGUAGGACUGUUUAG